AUGGCAGAUGACUCGAAAGAUAUCUGUUUUUUCGCUGCUGGUAGUUUUCUUUUUCUUUCUUUCGCUAAUGACAAGACUCUUUCCUUAAGAAGUGAAAUCGAAAUUGUUUUCAAGAACCAACCAAAAGUGCCACUUUCUUUCUUUCACCUAAAUGUGCAAUCAAUAUGCAAUACAUUUGAUGACUUAAACAUAUUUUUGGACGGUUUUAAUUUUCUGUUUGAUGUUAUUAUGCUCAGUGAAAGACGGUAUAAAAAAACAGAAGUAGAUAGGCUUGAGAAUUAUUAAUUAAUAUGUAAUGCAAAAAGAACCAAUAAAGUAGGAGGCGGAGUAUGUAUACAUGUAAAAAGGGGUCUUGAGUGCACACUUGAAAGGGACUUUACAGCUAUUACAAGCUAUUAUGAAAUACUAACUUUACAACAUGCAAAAACUGUUUUUUCUGUUGUCUAUCGCCUGCCAAGUGGUAAUAUCUCCUCCUUUCUUGAGUUUCUCGACGUGUAUUUUAAGUUUCUUGGUGGAAACAAAUUGACUGUCUGUUUUGGAGGUGAUUUUAACAUAGAC